GCUAAUUAAUUGGGAUUAUCUAUAAAUUAACAUUUCUUCUUUUGAUCCUCUCAUCAAAUCAUACAGAGAAUGACAAGAUUCAUCAACUUUCUUCUCUUUCUCGUCUUCCAUGCUUCCCUCCUUUCUCAACGCUUCACAGCUGAUGGGAAGGUGAUGAUGGAGUACAUUGGAGCCACAGGAAUUCGAGUAACAUUUGAUUCAGUUCCAGUUGAAGACAAAAUAGACUUUCAUUUCAUACUUAGUUUUGCAAUUGAUGCAAACUCGUCAGGCAAUGCUCAAAAUGGUAUAUUUUCACCAUAUUGGUCACAUACAUUGACUCCACAAUCUGUUUUAGCCAUGAAGAAGAACCAUUCAAAUGCAAAAGCCUUAGCCAGUCUUUCUGGUUGGAGUUUAAGGGACAAAAUCCUAAGCUGGUACAACCCACAAGACCCGAACAUUUGGAUAUCAAAUGCCUUCACUUCCCUCAAAUCCCUAGCCCAUGAGUUUCAUCUUGAUGGUAUAGAUAUUGACUAUGAGAGAUUUCCAAAGAAUAGUAAUGCUACUUUUGCUUAUUGCAUUGGGGAGCUGAUUUCUCUUUUAAAGAAUCAGAGUGUAAUUUCUGUAGCCACAAUUGCACCAUUUCAUGCCACCGUUUUACCUUAUAUUGAGCUUUUUAAUGGCUAUGGAGAUGUUAUUGAUUAUGUUAAUUACCAAUUCUAUACUGAUAAGGUUAGGACCCCAGAAGCUUAUUUGAGAGCAUUUAAGCUUAGAACCAUGCAAUUCAACAAGGAUAAGUUGUUGCCUAGCUAUGAAGUCAAUGGAAGAGGGAUUCAAGGGGAUGCUUUUUUUGAUGCUUUAGCUUUGUUGGAGAAUAAUGGAUUUGAUGUUAAUGGAGUCAUGAUCUUCUCUGCUGAUGCUUCUUCCUCCAAUGACUACUAUUAUGAGAGGAAAUCUCAAGCUUUCUUGCUCAACUCUACAAAAGUAUAAUGGGGCCUUUUGUUUCAUUACAUAUCUUAUACAAAAGCUACAAUAAAUUUAUGCAACAGUUAUUUUAUCUAAACCAAUAUAUGGAUAACUAUAUCAGUUUCGAAUGCAACAAUUGGUCUUGCAAACACACG